AUGGCAACAAGAAGUCGCACCCUACUCUUUUUACAAUACCGUAACUCGUUUGCGCGUUCCAGCAUCUCGAGACCAACGGUGUCUGGUAACUCGUUUGAUCCUUACGCAGCAAAUGAAAGUGCUGGCUUGAUUGAAAGCUCAGACCAUGUCAUUGAAUUAUCGAUCUUGCCGCCUAAAUGGGUUGACAUUGCCGACGAAGUUGACGAAGAAAUUGAACAAAUAAAAACCUCAAUUACUACACUGGAGGGACUGCACAAAAAACACAUCCUCCCCGGAUUUGAAGACAGAUCGGAAGAAGAGGAAAAAAUCGAAAAGUUAACCCGAGAAAUAACAAAACUCUUUCAUCAAUGUCAUGACAAAAUAAGACGAAUUGCUGAUGAAAGUCGACUUUCAUCGAUAACUUCACAAGAAGAAUCUAUGAGUAAAAAUAUUCAGACUCGAUUAGCCAUGAAACUACAAGAUUUGUCUUCGAAUUUCCGAAAGCAACAAUCCUCUUAUAUGAAAAAAUUAAAGGUACGAGAAUCAAGAAGUUCUCCCUUAUUUUCAUUAGACAGUAGAACGUCCUCCGAUAAUACAAGUGAUGACUUAGAAUUGGGAUUUACAUUGGAACAACGAGAAAUAAUGGAAUCAACAGAAAUAAGAAUCACGCAGCGAGAACAAGAGAUAAAUGAGAUCGCGAAAUCGAUUCAAGAGCUGGCCGAUAUUUUUCGCGAGCUCCAGACUUUAGUGAUUGAUCAAGGAACAAUGUUGGAUCGGAUUGAUUAUAAUGUAGAGCAGAUGUCUGUGAACGUUAAAUCCGCUGUUCGUGAAUUAGAUCAAGUAGGUUUAUGA